AUGUCAGAUUUAUUUCAACAAACUCAAGAACUUGCAAGAUUGUCAGGACUUUUGUCAAUCUUUGAUAGUUAUGUACAUGCUAUUAAUGGUGAUAAUAAUCAUUAUUCUAUGUACAUGAAGUUAGCAUUGAAAAUUCAAUUAGAAGAGUUGAAAAAUUUCGAAUUUAAACAUUACCAAACAGAGUUCAAAACUACCAAAAAACAAAUUCAGAGAAUUUUUGAUCGUAAAUCAGAUCCUGAAUUAAAAAACAUAGUUGAACAUAAAUUUUAUUCAGCUUCUAAUAAAAUUUAUCAGGAAAUGUAUGAAUCAAUCUCAAAAAAUUAUAAUUGGCACUUAGCUUAA